GUUCGUGUGAUAUAUAGACCUCAGCUUUUUGUUUAAAGAAAAGUGGCAAAGUUCCUCUGCAUUGUUCGCCCUAAUGCAGCUUCCUUUGGGGAAAUUCUCAGCCUUGGAUUUCGAACCUAAAUGAGGAUAAUUACUGGAAACCGAACGUGGGCAGGGAGAAUGACGCUGUAACGAACUAUUUGCCAUUCAUGAUUGGCCCCAUGAACCCCAGCUCCGUGCAAUGAUUGGCCCAGUUUACUAUCAAUCUGCAUGUUCUCAAGACCCUCAACUUUGAAACUUUUUUGCUAGGAGGAGUCAGAUUACUCACUCUUGUAACCGAUCUGGAAACAUAGGGAAGAAAAUACUGUUUCAAUUAUUUACAGCAACCCAGACAGACACAUUGUAGGGGUUACGAGACCCAAAACUUGCUUCCUCUAGCGCAGUCGGGUGUUACAUUCCCUUUGCCAACUGGUUUGCUUUUUGUUGACAUCAUGAAGAUUCGACGUUUAUCCUGAUCCUUACUGAACGGAGCCCAGCAACAUUGCAGCCUUCAUCACCACGGUUUUCCCUCUCCCGUAUCCGGUUCAAAGUUAAGAAAUCCAACGGGAGCCAUCAUGGAUUCCUUCAGCACCAAGAGCCUGGCGCUGCAGGCCCAGAAGAAGCUGAUGAGCAAGAUGGCCAACAAGACGGUGGCCAACAUGUUCAUCGACGACACCAGCAGCGAGGUGCUGGACGAGCUCUACCGCGUCACCAAGGAGUACACGCGCAACCGCAAGGAGGCGCAGAAGAUCAUCAAGAACCUCAUCAAGAUGGUGGUGAAGCUGGGCGUGCUCUACCGCAACAACCAGUUCAGCGGCGAGGAGUUGGUGCUGGUGGAGAGCUUCCGCAGGAAGGUGCACACGCUGGCCAUGACGGCCGUCAGCUUCCACCAGAUCGAGUUCACCUUCGACCGGCGCGUCAUGAGCGGCAUCCUCAACGAGUGCCGCGAGCUGCUGCACCAGGCCGUCAACCGCCACCUCACCGCCAAGUCACACUCCCGCAUCAACCACGUCUUCAACCACUUUGCGGACUGCGAAUUCCUGGCCACCCUCUACGGGCCGACGGAGGUGUACCGCGCGCACCUCCAGAGGAUCUGCGACGGCGUGAACAAGAUGUUGGACGAGGGCAACCUCUGACGACACUCACGCACACACGACACACCUCCCCCAACCUUCCCCUCCACAACCUCCCAUUUUUUUAAAAACAGAGAAAAUAGUGUGUGUUUGUGAACAUUUUAAUUGUUUUUUUUCUGUGUGCCUUUUGGUCUUUGUGUGUCCCUUCUCUUCCACGAGAUGACUCCAAGAGAUCUUCAGACUCGAUAACACUUUGCCCUUUGUCAUCUAUGACUAUGAUGAUCCUCUUCAUGCACACAGAGCACACUUCUUUUGAAGACUGAACUACCUACGUCCGUCUUUCUCUGAAGGGCCUGUGUUAUAAAAGUUGUGUGUGUCUUGGAACUUUGUGCUAAUUGAGGACAUCAUGUUGAGCCAACAAGCCUUAAUACUUUGUGAGAAUAUGAAGACGUUUAAAGCACAACUUGAAGCAAAACUAGCACUGUAGUAGUAUAAAUAACACGUUGAAGUACCAUUCCAGACUACAGGUAGUGUUUGAAUGUAUAUAUAAUCCCUCGUUUACAUCACCUUUUUCACUGGCUUCUCCAUCACCUUUACUGAUCUACUAUCUCUGCACAGCUGAGUUUGUUUUAUAGCAAGUAGUAGUACUCUUAGAUUACAGCAACACCAAAGCCUGUUUGUUUAGUCCAUGUUGCCGGUGCUUGACAAACCUGACCUUUUUAUUUUGGGAGCGAUAUACUGUAUACCAAAGUUAUGCAAUUCCACAGGACUUCCACAGCACAUUAAAUAUAGAACAGAUCUAGUGUAGUUCCAGGGUUGUUAGUAUUUGGUGGGAUAUGAAAAUAAAUGCAGACUUAUCAGCAUGGCCCUACA